CGCAAGCGCGCACUGUACGAGGUGGGCAACCUCAAGCAGAAGUCCGACCGCCUAGCCCUGUGUGAGUACAUGCUGACGGGGCAGCUGUCGCAGCUGCUGGGCGGAGGUGGGAGCGGGGCCGGAGGCGGCGGCGAGCUGGUGGGAAGUGUGGUCAUGUUCGGGGCGCCCAAGGGCGGGCCGGAGCGGGCGCUGGACGAGAGCUUUCUGGAGGCGCUUCCCUGGAAAGAGCUGGCUGCCCUGAGGCUGCGCGCCGGCGGUGGCCGCACCGCCGGUCCCAUACAAGACGGUCAGCCUGACCUGGUGUCUGCGGGUGUUGCGCUGCUGCGGCGG